AUGUCAAAUAUUUCAGGUGAUGAUGAAGGAAGCUUCUACUCUGGAAACAAUGGAGAAGAAGUUCAUCAAGAAAACGAGCAGCAACAACUACAAAACCACCCUCAUGGCUCAAGUUCAGGACCAUCCGGUGCUUGCAAUAGCAAUGGCUCCACUAAUCAACAACCAUCCAAGAAGAAAAGAAACCUACCUGGAACCCCAGAUCCCAAUGCUGAAGUCAUUGCUUUAUCACCAACCACAUUAAUGGCAACAAAUAGAUUCGUAUGUGAGAUCUGCAACAAAGGGUUUCAGAGGGACCAAAACCUACAGUUGCACCGCAGAGGUCACAAUCUUCCUUGGAAACUGAGGCAAAGAACAAGCACUGAGGUGAAGAAACGGGUCUAUGUGUGCCCUGAGCCAUCAUGCGUCCACCAUAACCCAGUUCGUGCAUUAGGAGAUCUCACUGGCAUUAAAAAGCAUUAUAGCCGCAAGCAUGGUGAGAAGAAAUGGAAAUGUGACAAGUGCUCUAAAAGAUAUGCAGUCCAAUCUGAUUGGAAGGCCCAUCAGAAAACCUGUGGCGCUAGGGAUAUGACUGUUGGAUAA